AUGAUUCUCUUCUUCAAAUCUAUAUCAAAUUCAAGAAAAGUUCAUGAACAGCAUCAAGAGCAUGAACACAAGCUUGAUGAUACUUUCACAUCACUAACAGUCUGGAGAAAAUCACUUGUUAUUAGUUGCAACGGGUUCACGGUGAUCGACUCCAAUGGUAACUUGGCAUUUAGGGUUGACAAUUACACUGGACAUCCAGAGGAACUCAUUCUCAUGGACGGCUCAGGCAAGACUGUCCUCACCAUGUGUCGUCACAAGAGGCUAGGACUAGUAGAUAAUUGGCGAGUCUAUGAAGGAGAAGUCGGUGAGCAGUCGUCGUCAAAGAAGCCGAUUUUCUGUGUGAGGAAACACAAAAACAUUUUACAACCGAAUAUGAAUGUACUUGCACGUGUAUAUGAUGACGAUGGGACGUCCGGUAAGAGAUGUGUGUAUGUGAUUGAAGGAUCCUAUACGCAGAGAUUUUGCCGAGUGUUGGAUGAGUCAAGGAGAGUGGUGGCUGAGAUCAAGAGGAAGGAGGCUAUGGUUGUAGGGGUUUCUUUUGGGUUAGAGGUUUUUCUUCUGAUCGUACGCCCGGAAUUCGAUCCUGGAUUUGCAAUGGCUAUUGUUUUGCUUCUGGAUCAAAUGUUUUCCUAAAUUUUCUUCUUUCUUCUUUUCCUUUGAUUUUUGAUGUAUAAUAUG